AGAAGAUCGAUGGCGAUGAUGAUGGGUUUCAAUAGCAAGCUGGCGGUGACGUGUAUUGGUUGUUUGGCAGUGAUGGCAGUAGGAAGGGUUCCUGUUAUAGUGUUAUGUGUCCAUUGUGGAUCAAAUUCCCAUCUGAGGAAGCUACCUUCAGCAAUGAUGAAGCUUUCAUGAUUGGAAACAGUCUAUUAGUGCUGGCGAUCUACACUGAGCAAGCUAAACAAGCUUCACUGUAUUUUCCUGGAAAAGAAUCCUGGUAUGACUUUAGAAUCGAAAAUGCAUGCAAGGGAGGUGCGACUCACAAGUUAGGUGUUACGGAAGAGAGCAUUCAUGUCUUCAUGAGAGCUGAGUUUAUGAUAUCCACAGAGAUGAUUAAAUUCGCCUUCACAUCCAUUUGGCUCAACACUCGUUUUGCCUCAGAAAUUAGCAAAACCUUGCACCCUUUGUGAUGCUCCUGUACUGCUUUUCCUACUUUACUAGAACCACUAGAGGUAUCGUCAACUUUUUUCUCUGUUCUCGUCCUGUUAGCUAUACAAAAAUAUGGAUAUAUAUAAGUAUUGAAUACAAUACGAUAUAUUGUACGUAUAAUAUAUAAAUAUAAUCACAAAAAAGUUGCUUACAAAUUUAAGAAAUUUAAGGUAUUAUCUAAUAUAAAUAUGUAUAUGAGAUUUGUAUGCAAAUAAAAAUUAAAAUAUUUGUGCAUUCUAGUUUAGGAAGCUGUUCACGUGUUCCGUUGUACGAACACGGAACAUUUUGUUCCUCAAUUUUAAACCUUAAAGAUAUAAUUUAAAAAAUGUAGUUAGAUUUGUGUUGGAGUUUACUAAAAGUAGCCUAUAAGUUAGCUGAACUGGUAUAAAUUAGGUCAUCUAGUUAGUUUAUUUUUUAUUUCAGUCUCUCUUUAACAUUUGUUUUUAUUUAGUUUAUUACUUUAUUAUAUAUUUUUAUGUUGUUAUUAUUUUUAA